CUUCAUAGCAUCUAAGAAUGAAUUUACGACGAUCUUAAAUUCAAAGUACAGAAAAAAUGACUUCUUUGACUUUGUUGGUUCUUGUGCUUAGUCAGUAGAUAGGACGCACCAAGUUGAAGUACAAUCUUUCGAUAGAUCUUUAUUCGAACGUCGACUCGCGUGCUGUAAAUUCCUUUCGCGAUAUACAGUGAGGUAAACAACGAUAAUAAAUAAUAAGAUGUCGAAUUCGGACGUGCUUGAAAAGAAGUUAAAAAUUGUUUUGCUGGGUAAAUCGGGGGUGGGAAAAACUCAACUCGUGGCUCGAUUCUUCACUGACGUAUUAAAUGAGUACGAAAUCUCGGUGGAUUCGGAAGUAGGUGCUAUACAUAUGAAGAGAAGAAUGAAAGUUGACGGAGUGUCGUUUGACAUAGAAAUAUGGGAUACAGCGGGCAAUGAAAAGUACGACUCAAUGGCUUUAAUGUAUUUAGAUCAAGCAGUAGUCAUAAUUUGUUACGACAUCACAGAUUCACUCUCUUUCAUGAAGGCAAAAGAUUGGAUGUUGCAACUCACAAUCUAUUCCUGUAAAAUCUACCUAUGCGCUACUAAAAACGAUUUAUGUAACAAGAAUGAAGCACCAAAUCCGCCUUUAAAUAGUGUACAAGAAUAUGCAAAGAGUAUAAAGAAAAAAUUUUUUGUAACAUCUAGUCGCACAGGAGAGAACGUUUCCGAGUUAUUUUAUACAAUUAUAAAAGAUUUCAUAUCAUCAUCAUUGACUAAGAAAGAGUUAAAGAAGCAUAAACGUACAAAGAAAACAAGUAGCUGGAAAUGUUGUUGGAAGUCAAAAGCCUCAAGUUGAAAAUUCAGAUUAAUUUCUA